AAUUUUCUUUUGAUUCUGUCACUGUGAAUUGUGAAAUGUUAAAAAGAAAAAGAAAAAAGAAAAAAGAAAAAAGAAAAAAAAAAAGCUGCUUCUUCCUCACACGCCUUAGAUUUUCUUUCAUUUUCCCUCCUCACUUUCUCGGACUCCAAACACCCAUUGUCAGAAACUCACUCUUCAGCUUCAUUGCUCAUCACAACCAUUUGAAGAUUUCUAGGGUUUAACUCUCCAAGUUUGGUUUUACACGGUCUUGGAACUUUCCUCGUUAAAGCUCAGAACUUCGAUAAGUAAUAAACUGUUUUGCUGAGUUUUGAGGAGAUAUUCAGUGCUUUCUUCCGUCGAUCGGAGAUUUGGGCAGGAAUUCUGAACCAGUUUUGGCUUUUUCUUUUGAGAAUUAUUCAGGGAAAAUGUCCCAGAAAUCCCGUCCUCCGCCAAAUUUCCAAUCGAUCAAAUCAUUGCCUGGUGAUUUAAGGCUCAUGGGUUCCCCGACCUCCGAUCAAUUUGGGAAGUUUGGGGAUGCAAAGUUAGGACACAGUGAUAUGACCUCAUCAAGUAUACCUGAAAAUAGUGAUUCAGGGGACGUGGUUGUUGACAAUGGUGUUGGAAGCAUGGACCAAGUGAAUGAGGAUUCACCAUAUGGUACAAACGUAGUUUCAGUUGAAGAGAGACCCUCAAGUGGUGAUGAAGAUUCAGACUCUGUAGCUCCGCCUGUGCCAUCCGUCUCUGCAUCUCGCAGUGAACACAGGUGGGGUGAUACCAACUCCUAUGCUGCGAAGAAGAAGCUUCAAUCUUGGUUUCAACUUCCAAGUGGGAGAUGGGAGCUUGCGAAAACAUUGUCAAUCUCGGGGACUGAAUCUGUCAUUGCACUGCCUGAUGAGAAAGUUUUAAAGGUACAAACUGAAAGUUUGGUCCCAGCAAAUCCUGAUAUCCUUGAUGGUGUAGAUGAUCUCAUGCAGCUAAGCUAUCUAAAUGAACCAUCAGUGUUGUACAAUCUCCAGUACAGAUACAAUCAAAAUAUGAUUUAUACAAAAGCAGGACCAGUGUUGGUUGCUAUUAAUCCAUUUAAGAAAGUUCCUUUAUAUGGAAAUGAAUAUAUAGAAGCAUAUAAGCGGAAAAAAAAUGACAACCCACAUGUGUAUGCCAUUACGGACACAGCAAUCCGGGAGAUGAUAAGAGAUGAAGUAAAUCAGUCUAUCAUUAUAAGUGGUGAAAGUGGAGCAGGAAAAACUGAGACGGCAAAAAUAGCAAUGCAAUAUUUAGCUGCACUUGGAGGGGGAAGUGGGAUAGAGUAUGAAAUAUUGAAAACUAACCCGAUUCUAGAAGCCUUUGGAAAUGCCAAAACAUUAAGAAACGACAACUCCAGUCGCUUUGGAAAGUUGAUUGAGAUCUACUUUAGUGAAACUGGAAAAAUAUCUGGCGCAAGAAUUCAAACUUUUUUGCUUGAAAAGUCUAGGGUGGUCCAAUGCACCGAUGGUGAAAGGUCGUACCAUAUCUUUUAUCAGCUUUGUGCUGGGGCUCCUCUUACGCUCAGAGAAAAGCUGAAUUUGAAGAGUGCAAGCGAAUAUAAAUAUCUGAGUCAAAGCAAUUGUUAUUCAAUUACGGGUGUUAAUGAUGCUGAACAAUUUCAAAUUGUCAUGGAAGCUCUGGAUGUUGUUCAUAUAAGCAAAGAAGAUCAACAGAGUGUAUUUGCAAUGCUUACUGCAGUAUUGUGGCUGGGAAACAUCUCAUUUAAUGUGAUAGAUAAUGAGAAUCAUGUUGAAGUUCUCGCAGAUGAAAGUCUUAUUACUGUUGCUGAUUUGAUUGGAUGUGAUGUUGAGGAGCUUAAGCUAGCUUUGUCAACUCGUAAAAUGAAAGUGGGGAAUGAUAAUAUCAUUCAAAAGCUGAAUCUAUCACAAGCAACUGACACAAGGGAUGCUCUGGCAAAGUCCAUUUAUGCAUGUCUUUUUGAAUGGUUGGUUGAACAAAUUAACAAAUCACUUGCAGUAGGAAAACGGCGUACUGGCAGAUCCAUCAGCAUUCUUGAUAUCUAUGGUUUUGAAUCAUUCGAUAGGAAUAGUUUUGAACAGUUCUGCAUUAAUUAUGCGAAUGAGAGAUUGCAGCAACAUUUCAAUCGUCAUUUAUUCAAGUUAGAGCAGGAGGAAUACAUCCAGGAUGGGAUUGACUGGACUAAAGUUGAGUUUGAAGACAACCAAGACUGUCUUGGUCUUUUUGAAAAGAAACCAUUAGGACUACUCUCCCUCUUAGACGAAGAGUCCACCUUUCCUAAUGGCACAGACUUGACAUUUGCUAACAAGCUUAAGCAGCAUCUGAAAUCAAACUCUUGUUUUAGAGGAGAACGAGACAAAGCAUUUGCUGUCCGUCAUUAUGCAGGGGAGGUCUCCUAUGACACAAGUGGGUUUCUGGAGAAGAACAGGGACUUGCUACAUAUGGAUUCCAUUCAACUUCUAUCUUCAUGCUCAUGCCACCUUCCUCAGAAAUUUGCUUCGAAUAUGCUUGCUCAAUCUGAGAAACCUGUUGUUGGUCCUUUGUACAAAUCAGGUGGUGCGGAUUCCCAAAAAUUAAGUGUUGCGACAAAAUUCAAGAGUCAAUUAUUCCAGUUGAUGCAACGUCUAGAAAGUACCACGCCACAUUUCAUUCGCUGUAUUAAGCCAAACAAUCUUCAGUCUCCUGGAUUAUACGAGCAAGAACUUGUGCUGCAGCAGCUUAGAUGUUGUGGAGUUUUAGAAGUGGUUCGAAUAUCAAGAUCUGGUUUUCCUACAAGAAUGUCACACCAGAAAUUUUCAAGAAGAUAUGGUUUUCUUCUGUCGGAGAAUGUUGCAUCACAGGAUCCACUUAGUGUUUCUGUUGCAAUUCUUCAUCAGUUCGACAUUCUGCCUGAGAUGUUUCAAGUUGGCUACACAAAAUUGUUUUUCCGAACUGGACAGAUUGGGGUGCUAGAGGACACAAGAAACCGUACCCUACAUGGUGUUCUGCGUGUUCAAAGCUGUUUUAGAGGGCACCAAGCUCGCCGUUAUCUGAAGGAGCUUAGGAGUGGAAUAGACACACUUCAAUCAUUUGUACGUGGAGAGAAAGCUAGAAGAGAGUAUGAAGUCUUAAUACAGAAGCAUAGGGCCGCUGUUAUCAUACAAAGGAAGAUUAAAACCAGACUUGCUGAGAAGACUAUGAAGAGAGUUUAUGGGGCCUCAAUUGUGAUACAAUCAGCUAUUCGUGGCUGGUUGGUUAGAAGAUACUCUGGUGAUAUUGGAUUGUUGAAACUGACUAGUACAAAGGCAAAUGAGUCAGAUGAAGUGCUUGUAAAAGCAUCUGUACUAGCUGAAUUACAACGUCGUGUUCUUAAGGCUGAGGCUGCUUUGCGGGAAAAGGAAGAGGAGAACGACAUACUUCACCAGCGUCUCCAACAGUAUGAGAGUCGGUGGUCAGAGUAUGAGUUGAAAAUGAAAUCCAUGGAAGAAGUAUGGCAGAAACAAAUGAGAUCCCUACAAUCAAGUCUCUCCAUUGCUAAGAAGAGUUUAGCAAUUGAUGAUUCAGCAAGAAGCUCAGAUGCCUCAGUCAACGCUAGUGAUGAUCGAGAGUGCAGCUGGGACACUGGCAGUAAUCAUAAGGGCCAAGAGAGCAAUGGGCUGAGACCAAUGAGUGCAGGUUUAAGUGUUAUAAGUCGCUUGGCUGAAGAAUUCGAGCAAAGGAGCCAAGUCUUUGGAGACGAUGCCAAGUUCUUGGUGGAGGUUAAAUCUGGUCAGGUUGAUGCAAGUCUAAAUCCGGAUAAAGAACUCAGAAGGUUGAAGCAAAUGUUUGAAGCUUGGAAGAAAGAUUAUGGGUCAAGACUGAGAGAAACAAAGGUCAUUCUGCACAAGCUUGGAAACGAUGAAGGUGCUAUUGACCGGGUGAAAAAGAAGUGGUGGACAAGGAGGAACAGCACUAGGAUGAGUUGAAACAGAAUAAUGUAAUUCGAAUACAGUGGUUGCUAAUUAUAUAGUAGUCCUUUGGCAGUUUCUACAUCUGGAAAAUGAGGUCUCUUUCAUAAAGAAAGGUGAGGGCCAAAGAGAUUAAAAUGAAGGUAUACUGCAAGGAUCACCAGAUUUAUUAUCUGUAAUUGGGUUAGUUCUCAUAUUGUUUUUGCUAGCCCCUUCUGUUUAUGGCCACGGUUUGUUGUGACGAGUUUUGUUAUUGCUACAAACAAAUAUGGUGCACUACAGAGGGUACCCUAUUCUAAUAUGUAUAUCAUUUUUAAUUUAUAGUGCGAGAUCUAAAUCAUCGAUGAGUAAUUUGUUCGCUGUAAUAAUAUCACAGCGCAGUGGAAGUUUAAUGCCAUCGAAUGCUUCAAAUCA